AAUUUUAAGUCACUUUAAUAAUACAUGAAAAAUUAAUUUUACUUUUUACUUCCUAUAUAAAUAUAAAAUAUUAUAUGGAUGAUAUUAACAUGUGGUUGGUCUGAGUGGUAAGCGACUUGAGCAUUUUAAGCAAUUGGUUAAUGUUCGAUUUUUGAAUCUUGUGUUAGGAGAAAAUCUGGUUGAUUGAGAACAAAUUCACCUUGAGUGUCCAAUAAACUAGAAAUUACUUAAGAAAAUGAAAAAAGUUACAAUACAUAUUUUAUUUAUUUAUUUAUGAACUUUAAAUUUUAUUGUAUAAACAAGUGAAUUACAUGUAUAUAUGGAUUUGAAAAAAAUGUAUAUAUAGAUUUGGAUGUGGUGAUGAGUUAGGGAGAUUUUGCAUUUAACACAAUCAUGUAAAUAGGAAUGAAAGUACAGAUGAACGGUUUGGAUUGUGACAUUAGGUAGUCUCUCUCCCGCGUUUAGGUGUCUUGUUCCAAAUUGAGCACACGAACGAAUAACUGCCAGCCACCACAAAUCAUAAUAACUUCCCACUAAACCCACCUAUUUCCCUCUUUUAUAUAUAUAUAUAUCCUUUGGUGUUACAACUUACCACCAUAAUCAUAUUUUUUCUUCUCACUAAUUAAGAUUAAGAUAUACUUAGAACACAAACAAACAUGCCUUCCCUUUUGGUCGUUCUAUGCAAUUGUGUUCUCAUUUUCUUGGCUGCUGUCACCACUACUGUUGAAGCUUCAAGGCAAUUCCAAGUUGGUGAUCACCUUGGUUGGCGUGUUCCUGAUCAGAACAACACUGCUUUUUAUACACAAUGGGCUCAAACUAACAGAUUCCAAAUUGGAGAUUCUCUCGUAUUUGUGUACCAGAAUGAUUCACUUCUUACUGUUGAAAAAUAUGAUUACUUUAACUGUGACACUACUGAACCAAUCACUACUUUCACCAAUGGAAAGAGCACUCUUAACCUUGACAGAUCUGGUGCUUUCUACUUCAUCAGUGGAACUCUUGAUCAUUGCAACCAUGGCCAAAAAUUGCUUGUUGAAGUUAUGGCACCACAUCCAAUUCCAGCACUAUCUCCACCACCCACCAUUUCAAUUCCACCUCAAGUUUCCAUCUCACCAGCAAUGGCUCCUUCACCUUAUUCUUCUGAAUCUGAUACCAUACAGACUGCUUCAUCCUCCGCAAUCGUCUUUACUUCAAGUUUUGUGUCUACUUUUGUCACAGUUGUUGUCAUGAUGAUGUUUGCACUCUAAAUAUGUCUUGUUAUGGUUCAUUACUUCGUUUUGCUUUUUCUGAAAUUUGAGUAGUUGUUUAGGCAUUACCAUUUUAACUUUUUUUUAUCUUUCUGUUUCUAUUAGUCUAGGAGAUCAUUUUGGGAUUUCAUUAUGGUUUUUUUAUUGUAUUGAAACUAUUUAUUCUCAAUUCUUGAU